AUGCCAGCAAAGAGCGAGAGCUGCAGGCAAGAAGGCAGCGAUAGCUGUGCAUUAGCGUUACCUCCUAGCUUGAACUCGGGUUUUACGCAGGAGGCAGGCUUGAGCACACGGCCCACCAAGCCCAGGGCAGAGCAGGGUCCACCGCCGGAGCAGGUGACAUCCAGCCGAUACACCGGGGUCCACCUUGCGACCCGCGGUGGAGCGCAGGGCGGAUACCCUGGCAGAGAAGAAAGGGGAAGGCGGAAGCAGGAGAACGCCGAGGAGCCGCCGCGAGAUCGAAGCCCCGACCUUCCCCCCACUCCCGCGGCCGGUUCCCUGCUGGCAACCAUUACCCAGCACCCUGCCCGUCCCACGGCCCUUUGUCGGGGCUCUCCCGUGGAGUAUGAUGUGUGUGGUGCAUUAAAAAAGGUGCAAGAACGGCAGGGCCUGCCGUGCCAGGGUGAAAGAUUUUUGCGGUGCAAACUGAGGAGUGAGAGAAUUAAGAGGCAGGCUCCCGUAGGCGUGGCCGUGUCCACCAGAACCACCGGCCGAAGGGCGGGAGAAGCACCAGAGCCCCGAUCAACCCCCGCCCCAGACCACCCCCGGCACACCCGCAACCGCCCACCCCUCCCCCCGCCGCCCAAGCACCCAACCCGCACCCCUAACAGGUGCUACGCCAAGCGCCGGAGACCAGGGGUUGUCCACCCCACCGGCAAGGGACAGCAAACCCCACCCAAGAGGACCUGCCGACGACCCCAGCAGCAGGAGAGCAGCGGCAGCCGCCUCGGUCCAUACAGGCUGACAGGGGCGGAGACAGACCAAGGGGACGGAGGCGGGGCAGCACCCGUGCGGCACCCCCACCCGCCCGCGAGAUCACCGCGCGCCCAACCCACCCGACCCCCGCACGAUGCACCCAGACAAGCCCCAGCUGAAAACCCCGGGGCCAGGCCCGGCGACGGGACGGCAUAG